CUGCAAUUUGAGUGUUAGGGAAAGUACGUGUUUGUCCACCGCCACAGUUACCUCCCUCACCACUACAGGAGCCUUGCAUUACCACCAGUAACCCCAUCAAGGACUUUCUGUGCGUGGAAUUGAUAAGUUUGGAGAUAAAAUACGAAAACUCCUCAUUGUGCCGACUGUUCCCGGGACUUGCAAGACUGGUUCCUCGGAGAUCAGGCCGUGAAUGAGGCACCUGUAUCCUCCGCAUUCCAUUAGGCCUAAGGAUUCCCUAGGCCUAUCUUUCCCGAAGAGUGUGUGGUCUGCGGUAAUUACAAUGACGACCGUGAAAACUAAUUACGCACCAACAUGGAAAUAUUAUCAGUAGUGAACGGGGAAGACCGGGAUCAUGGAGCAUUUUAUGAAAGGCCGCAUCUCUUUCUUCAAUAAAAGAUGGAGCCUUGCGUCACUGGACAUUCCCCAAAUCAAGGUGGAGCGGCUGUCGGAGUACGAGCAGUACUUCGCCUCGCUGCUCGUCGACACCCACCCCGACCACCCCGACCGCCAACACCUCGCCACCCACCAUGAUAGACUCACCCAGCUGGUGAGGCGAGGAGAGGAGGAAGAAAGUGAGGUAGAGAGAAUACAGGAGCUUUUCCCUCAUGACGACCUGCGCCUCCACGAACGAGACCCAAUCACCCAGAAGAUGAAAGGGCUCAUGAGGAAGAGGUCCACCACCGCAGCGCGUUUGCAGCGGGCCUUCAGUGCUAAGGGUUUGCGGGGCCCCAACGCAGAGAACCAGCACAAUAACAACAAAGAUGCCGCCAACAACAACAACAGCAACAAUGGGAGUCCUGGCGGAGGGCUGCCCCCCAACAGAACGCGGGAGGGGCGCCCUAAGAGACAGUUCAUCAUGGAGACGCCGGCCACCUUCACCACGGGCGUGCAGUCACAGGAGCGACACCUGUUCCUCUUCAGCGACCUUCUGCUGGUGGCCAAGGCGAGAAGUGGAGGCAACUUCAAGCUAAAAGAGAAAGUGCGGGUGUCCGAAAUGUGGCUGUCCUCGUGUCUCGACGACGUGGCGGAGGUGCCCAAGAGUCAGGAGACCAGCUUCGUCAUGGGCUGGCCCACCACCAACGUCAUCGCCUCCUUCAGCUGCGUGGCAACUAAAGACUUGUGGUAUAACAAGUUGUGCCAGGUGAUAACUGAAGAGCGAGACAAGGAGCCUCCCUCCACCACCAUUCAAGUCACCUACUACGACCCCAUCAACAGCAUCGAUUUCAGCAAGACCGUGAGCAUCAGCUCCACCACGACGGCGCAGGAAUGUGUGUCGCUCACCCUGGACCACCUGGAGAUGGGCGGCGCCGACUCAUCACAGUUCCAGCUUUGGGUCAAGACUGGAAUGGAUGACUCGCCUUACCCGCUAAUUGGCCACGAGUUUCCUUAUGCCAUCAAGAUGAACUGCGUGCGAGACUUACUGCAGGACUGUGACGCAGAGCAGUGCAACAACCUGUACAACGCUGAGCUGGUCACACGAUGUCAGUUCAUCCUGCGUCAAGCACGGAAGCUCUCCUUUGGGUCUCCUGAGGGCAUGAAGAAGGUGUCCAAGAAGGCUCGUAAGUCGCCUAUCAGGAUUCACCGGGUAUUCAAAAGAGCCAACAGCAAGGGUGAAUCUCUAGACGGUAGCGUCAACUCCUGCGCGGGAGCUCUGUAUGGCCAGUCCCUGGUGAAGCUGGUCGAGGCUGACAACAUGCUGCCCAAACCCGUCAUGGACAUGCUGUCUCAACUGUUUCUGAAGGGGCCCUUCACUGUUGGGAUCUUCCGCAAGUCUGCCAAUGCUCGACUGGUACGAGAGCUGAGAGAAAAACUGGAUUCAGCAGAUGCAGACAGUAAUCUUGACUUGGAGAGCAUUCACAUCACAGCUGUUGCAGCACUCCUCAAGGACUUCCUGCGCUCCAUGCCUGAUUGCUUGCUGGUUGCUGACCUGUAUGACGAGUGGCUUGAAUUAUCUCUUAUCAGUGGAUUGAGAGAACGCAUAUCACGUACUUUGUUGCUGUGUUCUCGGCUGCCACGCGCUCACCUCCUCCUCCUCCAGCAUUUCCUCUGUGUGCUGCAUCACAUCACACGACGAGCUUCUGAAAACAUGAUGUCUGCCUCCAACCUGGCAGUUUGUGUUGGACCAUCCAUCUUGUGGCCUUCAUCUCCAGUUCUUGCUCUUAGUCCAGAGGCCUCCAAACAAGUGCCAGCUGUUGUGGAAUUUCUCAUUGAGCGAUGUGGAGAUAUAUUUGGUGAAGAUGUCCUUCAUCUCCUAGGUGAACCUCCAGAGAGGGACCCCAUGAGGCAGGACAGUGGUGCAGAAGAGUCUGAUAGUCUCCAUAGCCUUCACAGUGGUCACAGCCUUCACAGCUCAGGUGGCAUGAGAAGAGAUGACAGCAGCAUCGACUCACUGGAGCGUGAACUCCUCCAGGAAGGUGAACUCUCUCCUCUGCCUCGGAAAGACAAAAUGUCUCUAACUAAUCUGAGCCGUGACUCAGGACUGACCAUGAGUGAUUCACAGCUGUACACUCCUGAUGAAGAAGAGAGUGAAUCUACUAGCUCCGGACAUUCUGGAGCUGAUAAAAGUGUCAGUAACUACAGUAGUGGUGGCCACUCCGAACGCUCUGGUGAACGAUUCCAACACUACACAGCCCCUAACAAUCCUAAUGCAAUAUAUGCUUCUGUAUAUCGCAGACCUGACAAGGUGCCAGUUGGAUAUGAUGAUCCAGAAAAUUAUUAUGCUGCCCCAAGUAGGGAACAUGCUCGGAUACAGAUCACAUACUCCACCCCAGGAUAUGUCCACGGUGGCUCGGGCCAGGGAAAGGAAUACACCAGAGUGUACCAGAGCCGGCAGGACUGCAUGAGUGAUGUGUAUAGGAAAGGACAAGAGGAAGACUCUAUAUACAGUGUUCCUCCCACUGGUUCAGGCACCAUGGUUAAUCCUCCACCUUUUGUUGUCAAUUCCAACUUCCAGCGCCAUGACUGGAUGCGCCGACGAUCAAAUCUACGCAAGGUGUCUCGAUCAAGCAGUGGAGAUGGGAGUUUGGUCAGAUCAAAUUCCGAGGAGUCUCUUCUAAACAAAUAUAAUGGGCUAGAAUAUGGCAUAUCCUUAGGGCCCAGUGGUGUGGGCAACAAGAGGCCUGCACAACACGGGAAGGGACGUGCUCCGCCACCACCUCCUGAUGAAGAUGAGGGUAUGGUUGGAGGGCGGGAGUCACCCAUUCGUAGAUCAAAAUCUGCUCACUACUUAACUGAACCUGCUCAUGAGGAGCGAAUGGGACGGUCCCCAGACAACACCCCGGCUGUGUCCCGAUCCUCCUCCCAUGAUGCCGUGUCCUGGCACCGCUCCAGGUCCACUCCCCAAAUACAUGAUGAGGCUGACCGAUCCUACGAUUCUUCCACUUUGAGUGAUGAUGAUUCAACACCACAUGUCUCAAGAUCAAAUUCAAGAGGAAAAGAAUAUGGUGGUGGUGGUCUGAAUACCUGGGAAGCUAUUUAUGGCAAUGAACACACACCAUCAGACUCUGGUGAAUCUCAUAACUCUCGUAACUCCUCCUUUAAGAGUGAGAGGACGGGAAGUAUGUGCACAGUGGUAUCUGCUGGCAGCACCUCCACUCUCGCCUCCAAUCCACCCUCCUAUGAGGAAGCUCUAACCCGGCGUUCCCUCAUGUAUCGUGGUGGACAGCAGCAAGGACCCGUGCAGGGUUCUCCUUCAGGAAGAGACGGCCAUUUCAAUGAAUAUGCCAUACGUGAAGAAAAGAUGAAGUCAGCAAGAGCCAAGCAACUGUAUGAAGAGUCUUUGAGAAUCUACCAAGAGGAGAACACAUACCCAAGUGAUUUAGUACGUGCCUCCCCAGCUCAAGCAGAAGACAGUGAUGAAUAUGAGCGACCACCACCACUACCACCCAAGUCUGAGCCCCCACCACUGCCUCCCAAGCAGCGGAGCAACCGUAGGGUGAGUGAUGGCCUGGGACGCCUCAAGCACCUGCCUCCUGUCCAUGUUGAAACUCAGGCUCGCAAAUCACGCUCAGUUUCUUCUUUACCCACGUCUUAUGGAUGUGAUCCACCCUACCAUAAAACCAUCAUUUACACAGAUGACAGUCCACCUUCCCUCCCUCCCAAAGAACGUACAGUGAUUGAAAUUGAGUCUGCUUACUCCCAAGUACCAGAGUCACGGGUAAGACAGACUACCAGCCGAGCAAUUUCGCCUCCCAGAGUAGAGAAGAAGAGCAUUGAGACACAGACAGAUGAUUAUGAUUUAGAGGAUGAAGUGAAGGAUGAAGGUAUUCAGACAUCAGGCUCCUGGGCACAGGAUUCACACGUGACCUCUGUGUCCGUCCCAGACACCAAUGCACACAAUGAGAAGCGUCGUGGGAGAGCAAGAAGGCGGGACUCUUCAGCAUCUCACCGCAGCAAGAGUGUGCCCUCCCGUGACUCUUGUCCUGUGCAGCACCCAGACUCUGAUGGUGGUGAGGAGGAAGACUGGGACUACCAUACCACUCCCUCUCUACAAGACUUCUCAGGCCAUGCUGCACUCCGGGACUUGCGCCAGUUGGACCCAGACAUAAGACAAGAAAUUAGUUGGUCAGUGUCACAGUUGAGAGCAAUAUUUGGAGAAACCUUGAAGGGUGCUAAGGUUCAUCCUCCUCCCUACCGGCCGCCACCCUCCGCCCACCGUGCCCCAAUUACCUCUUAUCACCUUGGGGCGGGAGACUCCUUUACCUCAAGAAAGUCACGUCCCCACUCUAACUACGGCGAAGAGUCUUACGUCUAGCGAAGAGUGCCCUCGGUCUCACCUUUGCCCACCGCGCUUGUUCACUCAGCGGCUGCACUAUCUGCCUUCAUUGCCGCCACUAACACAGCAGACUCUCUGUUAGAUUAUUCUUCUAACGUACUAAAUGCUCAAGACGAUAAGCUUUUGUAUGUAUCUGUAUCAUAAUUUGUAUAUUUUGUACAGAGUUAUCCUCUAAGUCAUUAGAAUAAGGCCUUAUACUAUUGUCACAUUGGAGAGAUUGAGCAAGAAAUGGAGUCUGACUACUGGCAGAUUUGCCACCUCUGCCUCUCUUUCUCCAGCCCACGUCACCAAACUUUUUUGUAAAAUAUUAUUACUAACUAUAUGUUUAUAUGUUGUUAAUAAAAUUGGAGAUAUAUGUGAA